AUGCCCACUCCCUCAAAACAUGUCAAAUUCGUCGCCUCAGACCCUUCGCGCGGCGGUCUCCCCGUGAAGCGCAAACAGGUCCAGCACGCAUGCGCCUCAUGUCGCAAGAAAAAGAGGCGCUGCGUUCAUGCUGAAGAUGCAGUCGAUGAGACUUCGCCUCCCGUGGAAGAAGAUGAGACAUCCCGGUCAACAUCACUACCCUUACAAACACAAAGAACUGCUCUCCCGGACUCAUCGCUUCAAUAUGCAAACUCAACCGCAAAUGCAAGUCCUGCUGCGCCAACUCCAAGGCGUGAGUCAGGAAGCACGCCGAAUCAAUCUUCCCGCUUCGUAGGGGACCUCAACCCAGAAGGCAUGUUCAUGGAAGCCACUGGUUCAGCAUCCGUCCGCGAGACCUCACAGAAAGGAGAUGUAGGAAUAUGGCUUUCUUCGAAUAAUCCUGGACAAGCAAGUCAAUUCAUCACUUCAAGGCCGCCCCCAAUAAUGGAUCAGUUUUUACUACCGUUCGUCAAGGAGCAUUGUCUAUCCUGUCUUCCGCCACAUCAAGACUACCUCAAACUAAAAGCGCUGUAUCUGGAAAAGAUCCAUCCCAUCAUGCCGAUUAUACCGGAGACUGCGCUAGAAGGCGAUGAACCCACGAGUGUGGUGUUGAGACAACUCAUCUGUCUCGCUGCAUCCACAGACCCAAGCAUGGCGCUGUAUCUCCAUCUCCAGAACAAAGGCGAUGAUCUCCUCCCCUGCCAAGACUUCAUGCAAUCCGUCUCCUCCGCCGUCCGCGCAAUCCUCGAAACAAGCAUCAUAACAGACAGAGUCCUUCACAUCCGCGCCCUCAUCCUCCUAUCCCUCUACACCCAGCCCAACUCCUCCGAAGAAGCAGAUCUCCCCGCCCAACUCGGCGGCCGCGCCAUUCACCACAUCCAAACGCUGGGUCUUCACUUGUUGAGAUACGACGGGCCCAAUAGUGAGGAGCUGGAAACGCUGUUCUGUGCGGUUUGGGCGGUGGAUCGGAUUAAUGCCGCUGUGUAUGGGAGGCCGUGUCUUAUGCAUGAGAGGGAUAUAGGCGCGAAUCUGGAUGGGUGUAUUAGGAAGAGACCGCCGUGCUUUAGGCUGUUCUUGAGUGUUGUACAGUGGUUGGAUCAGGUCAUUGAGCUGUAUCGUCCGGGACCGAGUGCUGAGGCGAGCGGGUUGGAUAAGAUUGCUUACAUCGAUCUUCCAGUUCUCGAGGCCAUGAUCGUCAAUGCCGAUGCGCUUAAAGUACCAGGCUCACUAAUUGCGACGAUUGAAACGUUUUAUCACGCCGUCAUUAUCUUAUCAUGUCGUCUCCCACGACCAGGCACACUCACAGCAGCAUCAACCCUCCCUCCACCAUCCGCCAACGCCCGUCGCUCCCUUGCAGCAGAACGCAUCGCCUGCGCCGUCCUGCGCGACCACCUCUCCCCCAUGCCCUUCGUCCCCUACGCCGUCUGUCUCGCCCUAAGCGUAGAGUACCGCAAGAUGCGCCACUCCCGCCUGCCCAUGUUCCGCUCGCGCGCCAUGCACGCAUUCCGCCGCAACUGCGAGAUGCUCCGCAAAUUCGGCGACUACUUCUGGAGCGCCAACGUGGUGGCAGGGCUGGGCGAGCGGGUGCUCAAGGAGAUGGAGCGCGCUGCUAACACGCUCACACGGGAAUCACCGCCGCCGGCGGUGAAUCCUGUGGCUGUGACGAAUCCAGUGGCCGUGACGAAUCCGAGCAUGGUCAACGCUGUGCCGAGCGUGGAGCAGGCCGUGGACUUUUCACUGAUUGAUGCGAUUUCGGGAGCGGAUGUGUUUGGUGCUAUUGAUCCGAGUUUUAAUCUGGGGGCUGUGGAGGAUGCGCUGGAAGCGAAUCUGGAUAUAGGACUGCCGAUGAAUUGGGUUGAUUGGGGGCAGUAUGCUACGCUGUCGUGA